CGGACGUCGACGUCGACGGCACUCUCUUUCUCCACUACCAAUCACCUUCGACUGCUCCUGUCAUCACAGAGCUAGUCUCGCUUCAGCACCACCUCGACAUCGAUUGUCACACAGUCGCGCUUCUACGCCUGAUCAUUCCUUCCUAGCAUCAAAGCACUGGACGCCAUGUCUUCCUCACAGCAGACCAAUGGCGCCGUAGCAUCGACUUCAGCCCCCAAUGCCGCCGCUGCCACUCAGGCAGGUGGCAAGCCCGCCGUCCAGCCCUCGGAGGUUGGCUGGCUCUUCGUUCCUCAGUACUACACCUUCCUCAACCAAAACCCCGGACGACUGCACUGCUUUUAUACAAAGAAGAGCACCUUGAUCCACGGCACUGAGCAGGAGGAGGAGAAGCAAUGUUUCGGACAGCAGGAAAUUCACGACCGCAUCACCGCUCUUGGCUUCCAGGACUGCAAGGUCUACGUCUCAAACGUCGACUCGCAGUCGUCUGCGUCUGGCGGCAUCAUCAUUCAGGUCCUUGGAGAGAUGUCCAACAAGAAUGGUCCCUGGCGCAAGUUUGCUCAGACCUUCUUCCUCGCUGAGCAACCCAAUGGCUACUUUGUUCUCAACGACAUCUUCCGCUACCUCAAGGACGAGGACGAGUCCGAGGAGCAGGCUGAGGAGGUUGAGGAGGACAUUCGAAAGGAUGAGGCCGAGGCAAAGGAGACGGGACGAGACGUCGCAGGUGCCAAGGCAGAUAUCAGCGCCAUUGCCCAGCCGGGCGCUACGCCUCACGUUCAGCCCGUGAUUGCGGCAAACCCCGAGAGCAGCAAGACCGCUGCCAUCGCUGCUGCCCCUCAAGACACCAGCGUCACCGAGGUUGCGGAUGAGAAGAAGGCCGAGCCUGAGACUUCAGCACCUGCCGCUGCUGCUGAGGAGGCCAAGGCGACGACCACCGCUGCCGCAGAGCCCUCUCCCGUUGAGGCCGCCAAGGAGGAGACCGCCCCCGCUGCUGCCGCCGCAGCUCCUGCCGCUGCCGCUCCUUCUCCUGUCGCCGCCACUGCCGCUCCUUCAGCUCCUACUCAGGCUGCAGCCGCGCCUCCUGCCGAGCCCACUGGCCCUCCCAAGCCCAAGACCUGGGCCAACCUCGCCGCCUCCAACGCCACGACGUGGGGAAGCGCUGUCCGCUCCGACGCCAAGGGAACGAGCACUACCGCUCCUGCCGUCACCGUCGCAGCUGGCGCUCGCAGCGGUGCUACUGGCGCCCGCAGCAACGCAACCUCUCAACAGCAGCAGCAGCAGCAGUCGCAGAGCCACGGUAAUCGUGAGGGCGGUACUGUUCAACCUGGUGCCGUCUUCAUCAAGAACGCCAUCUCGGAGAACGGCAUCACCGAAUCGUCGCUCCGCUCUGUCCUCGAGGAGCGCUUCGGCCAGCUCAAGGAGUUGCAGAUGGUUCCGUCCCGUGCUUGCGCUUUCGCUACCUUCGACAGCCCGGAGACGGCGCGCAAGGCUAUCGCUGCCAGCCAGAGUGGGGGCGGAGUUGCGGUCGGUGACAAGAAGUGGAAGGUCAGCAUCGAGGAGAAGAGGAACAGGCCUGGUCAGGCCGGUGGAGCUCCGGGCGGGCCAAGGGGCGAGGGACAGCGCGAGGGGCAGCGUGGUGAGCGCGCCGACAGGGGUGGGUUCAAGACGGCUGGUGGGCGUGGACGUGGGCGUGGGGGCAAGGCGCCUGCUGCGUAAGACGUGUGCGUUGAAGGGUUUGGAGGGAGGAAAGGAGAUCUGGACCCGCGCAGGCCACGGCCACCGCCACCAUCAUCACGCAUUACGCCACACGUAGGGCCCAAUUCCUCCUUGUCACCUUCUUCGCCCCCUUUUCCUUCAUAGCAUCCCAUGCACUUUCCCCUCCGCCAUCGCACCAAAAUGCAGCAUGUCUUCGAUAGUUCACCCUCCUGUUCCCCCCUCCCUUCUUCACUGUCCAUCCUUUCCCCUCUUUGCAUCUUGCUUUCUUCUUCCUCCUUCCGCCAUCGCCAUCGACACCACCAUCAUCAUCUCCCGCCUGUACUACCAAAGCCAAUCACGAAGACGUCGUUCACCG